AGUUUGGGUCAUCCUUUGCUAAAAAUUACUGUUAUAUAAAACCUUGAUGAGAUAAUAACUAAUAACAAAUUAAUAAAACUCAGAGUUUCAAGGUUCGAAACACAUUAUUAUUUGAUCGUUCGCUCGCAAACAAGUCUUAGUAAAAAUGGCUCCAAAAUUAUACAGUAUCCCAGGUAGUCCCUCAGUUAGAGCCGUUUUGCUGUGUGCCAAAGUUUUAGACCUCGAACUCGAAUUGAUCCCUGUUGAUUUGUUCAAUUUGGACCACUUAAAAGGCGAAUAUUUAGAGAAAAAUCCCCAACACACUGUUCCUCUUUUAGACGACGAUGGAUUUGUCUUGGCUGACAGUCACGCCAUCAUGGGUUAUUUGGUGAAUAAAUAUGGCAAAGACGAUUCUCUAUAUCCAAAAAACGACAGCAGGCUUAGAGCAGUCAUUGACCACAAGCUACAUUUAGACUCUAGUGUUCUUCUUAUUAAAGGAUUGGCCAUAUCUAAGCCGCUCUUGUUCCAAAAAAUCCUCCCGACUGAAGAAAAAAUCAAGGAACUCAAAGAAGCCUUUAAAAUCGUGGACGCGAUUUUGGAAAAGAGUCAAACCCAAUACAUUGCCGGUGAUAAUUUAACCAUAGCUGAUUUUAGUAUAAUCACGACGGUUACGUCUUGGGAUGCUUUCACUCCCUACGCUGAAUUCCCGCAUCUUAAGGCCUAUAUUGAAAGAAUGCAGCAGCAACCUUGGUACGAAGUUAAUAAGGAAGGCCUGGCUAUGUUGCGAAAAGCAGUUCAAGAUACCAUUAGUGCAAUUAAGAAACAAUAAAUAUACAGUUUUUUUUAUUAAUUCUGGCACUAUUUUCUUUUUCUUUAUAAAAGUCUUGUGUCCAUUAUUUGGUUUCAAAAUUAGUACGGAGGUGCAGUAUGGCACUUAGGGGUUGAUGAAAAAAAUCUUCAAAAUUUUGAAUAUAUAUAGGUAGUUUGUGAAUUGAACCAAAAAUCCGUCUAUUAGGAAAGAAAGCGAUCUUUGUACGGAUUUUGAUGCACUAUGGGUAUUUGACUAAAUAUUUUUCAAAAUUAAAAACCUCAACUCCUCUAUAAUCAAGAUCAUUCCAAACAAAGCAAGAUUAACC